AUGAAUGGUGAGAAGUUUGAUGUAGAGUUGGCUGAAGAUGUGGUGUCAACGGUUUGCAGCGAAGACACGGGCGCACUGAAGGUUCGAGUGGCUAGGCUUGCUCCGUUUUGCACGAACAACAUUGGAGCUCGACUGUUGAAGAUAAAGAAACCAUGGCUACACGAUCAAGAAGAUCGCAACAAGAGAACCAUAACGGACUUAUACAAAGCCAUAACCUCAGAGGACACCAACACAAUGCACCGUCUUCUAGCCCCAGACUUGGAGUGGUGGUUCCACGGCCCACCCUCCCACCGCCACCACCUCAUUCCUCAUCUCACCGCCACCACCACCUCCUCUUCCUCCUCCAAGCCUGUGCUGGUUCCUGACCUCAUCGUUGGCUUCGGAUCAGUGACCAUCGCUGAAGGGUUCGACGAGACCAACUUGGUGUGGUGGGUGCACGCGUGGACCACCACCGCUGACGGCGUCAUCACAGAGAUUAGGGAGUACGUGAACACCUCCGUCACCGUCACCAGGCUCGGCUUCCAUGGCUCCGACGAUGUUGUUGCUUCUGCCAUGUGUACAAGCGUUUGGCAGAGCAAGCUUUGCGACGAGUCUGUUCCAGGACUCAUUCUCGCCAUCUAGUGAAGUGAAGUUCUAAAAGGGUUGGUUGGUUGUUUCUGAAAUUCCCUAUAUAUCUGUAGUGUAGUGU